AUGUCUCUAAUCUUUCAAUGGGUCGAUAACACCCUCGAAGCCACCGGCAUGGAUGCAGUUGACGCUCUACGCGCGUUCUUCCUGCUGGCCGCCGCCACAACGAUCUCAAUCAGCAUCCCAGCCUCUCUAAGAUCCCGCUUCCUCGUUUACGGCCCGCGCGCGACCUCGGCCUCCAUUUCCACCGGCCCUGCACCACCACGCCCUCAGGAGCCUUCCACCGAGAGCAAGGGCUUCCUAGACUACCUCGCGACCUGGCAGGUGCCACAUAGCUACUUCACGCAGUUCUAUGUCGCAUCUUUGCUGUCGUCGGUAUUUUGGGCUGCGCAGUUGCUGUCGCAGGGUGUGGUUUUCCAGGCCAUCGCGACCCGUGUGAGCGAGGAGCAUCAGCGCCAUUCCAUGUCUCUGACUCAGGUACUUGUCUGCUGCGUGCUGUUGGCUAUCCAGGGCUCUCGGAGAUUGUGGGAAUGCAAUGCCUUUUCGAAGCCCUCAUCGUCGCAGAUGUGGUUUGUGCACUGGCUGCUGGGCUUGGGAUUCUAUCUCGCGGCGGGUGUGGCGAUUUGGAUUGAGGGGUCUGGCACUCUGUUGACGGAGAGACUGACCAUCGUCGAUCUGCAAAUGACUAAUGCUCCAAGUAUGAAGACAUUCUUUCUCGUCCCGCUCUUCCUGGUGGCGUCGGGCUUGCAGCAUGACUCCCAUCACUACCUGUACACGUUGAAAAAGUACACCCUCCCGGAACAUCCCAUGUUCCGCGGAAUUGUGUGUCCCCACUACGGUGCGGAGUGCGUGAUCUACCUAUCACUGGCGCUGUUGGCUGCGCCGCGGGGUGAAUGGAUCAAUAAAACCAUGCUGUCGUGUCUAGUUUUCGUCGCGGUCAACCUCGGCCUGACGGCUCAAAAUACCAAGCAAUGGUAUGCGCAGAAGUUUGGCCAAGACUCAGUUCAGGACUGGUGGCUUAUGAUUCCUUAUGUCUAUUAA